CAUCUAAUAAGGUCUGCGAGAGGGAAAAAACGCUGAUAAAAACGAGUUUUACAACUAUUUGACUACACCGGCUGCCUGCGGAGAUAAAAGAGUCUGUCUAUGUGUGUACAUCAAACAAAUUGAGAUAAAACUCAGGCAAGCAGCCAGGUGAGAUGCCAAUUUUCAGUACACGCUAUAAGGAGGGGCUGUCGUGCAGCGUUCAUAAAACUUGAUGCAGGCAAACAAUCAGAGAACGAAUGUUUCGCAAAUGUAACCGAACCGAAAGAAAGCUUCAGCGCCAGCCAGACAAAGUAGCCGGAGCGUGGAGAUACUUCCAACCGGGCACAAUCUCUCUGAUUAGUUGGCACCGCGAGCUGAGCAGCAACGCAUCGGUUUUGUUUUUUUGGUCUGGAAAUACAAUAUCUUCAAAAUGGCAGAAGUGAAUCAAGCGGAUAUCGAGGAGUUGUACAACUUUAUCUAUCCACUGGCCAUCGAGGCGGGCAAGAUCCUCAUGGAGGGAUACGAGAUGGCCAGUAAAAAUGUCUCGAUCAAGGGCGAUUUCUACGAUGUGGUCACCGAUUACGACAACAAGAUCGAGGACUUUCUCAUGGCCAAGAUACUGGCCACUUAUCCGGAGCACAAGUUCAUUGGUGAGGAGGCAACGGCCAAGAACAACAAUGUCUCCGGCGAACUGACGGAUGCACCCACCUGGAUCAUCGAUCCCAUCGACGGCACUUCGAAUUUCAUCAAACAGAUCCCACACGUUUGUGUUUCUAUUGGUUUGUCCAUCAACAAACAGAUCGUUGUGGGGGUGAUCAACAAUCCUGUCCAGCAAAAGCUCUUCACCACCAAGUUGGGUCAGGGUGCCUUUUGCAAUGGCAAGCCCAUCCACGUUAGCAACUGCGAAAGCGUCAAGGAUGCCAAUGUGGCCUACGAAGUGUCAUUGCUGCACGUUCACUCGGUGGCCAACAAGCACAUCAAAAGAAUCUACCAUGUGGGAUUAAAUGCUAGACGACUUGUAGCCUAUUCCUGCGUGGUAGAUGAGCUAUGCAUGGUGGCAGCUGGCAAUCUGGAUGCCUUCUACAUUGAGGACAUGUAUCCCUGGGAUUGUGCCGCUGGUUCCCUGUUAGUAAAAGAGGCGGGAGGCGUGGUAACACAUCCUUUUGGCGGACCCUUUGACAUUAUGAAACCAGAUCUUAUUUGCGCCGGAACGGAGAAGUUACGCAAGGAAAUCGAGGACCUGCUGCGCAAGGGUGAUCAGGAGGAGUCAGUGGGAGACAAGCCAGUGCCAAAAUAAUGUUGGCACAAAACUCAAAAUUGCUUCACAAUAAGGUCAGCUGAACUGGCACUUAUCGUUGGAAGCUCUUAUUAUGGUGAGCUUUUAGAUAUAUUCCAGCUUUGAUCGCCGGCAGCUGGUAGACACGAUACACAAAAAAUGGCGGGAAAGCAAACAACUCUUCGUUUAGCCUUUUUGAAAAUAACUUUUUAUGAUUUUGUUAUUUUAAUUUUAAGCCUUGAGCUGCCAAAAUAAAUCCCUAUACAAAUUUCGGAAAAUAUUGUUUAACUAUUCUGCGUGGAGGUUAAGAGACGUCUGCUUCUACAUAUAAACAUAUGUUAUAAACUCUACCAAUUUUAAAAAAUAUUAACUAAGUACAUAUGAAUAAACACCAUAAAUAAACAACUCCAAAAUGAGUAAUUCUAAUUUUAAA